AUGGCCUCCUCUCUCUCGCAAGACGGUGGCCCACCACGACCACCACGCAAAAUCCUCCUCAUCAACGGUUCGAACCUCAACCUCCUCGGGACGCGCGAACCGGGGAUCUACGGGUCCACGACCCUCGCGCAGGUGUUGGACAACGUGACGUCGCGCGCGCAGGCUCUGGGGGUCACCGUCGUCCCCUUCCAGUCGAACCACGAAGGGGCCAUCAUCGACUUUUUGCAUUCUCAUUUCAUCCCCACCGUCGCACCCGCCGCCGGAAGUGGUGACGGUUCCACGACACAGGCGGGACAAGAACAAAAAGAACGCACCGCCGUCAUCAUCAACCCCGCGGCGUUCACGCACACGAGCGUCGCGAUCCGAGACGCGCUGCUGGCCACGUCCUUCCCGUUCGUCGAGCUGCACAUUUCCAACGUGCACGCCCGCGAGCCGUGGCGCAGCCACAGCUAUUUCAGCGACAAGGCCGUCGGCAUCAUCAUGGGACUGGGCGCGUACGGGUACAUUGCCGCUCUGGAGUUUUGGGCGCAAAAGUGGGACGCGGAGGAUGCCGCCGCCGCCGCCGCCGCCGCCGCCGCUGCUGCUGCUGCGUGA